UUUUUGAAUGAUAUAAAACUAAACAGAUCCUUGUUUUGACGCCAUGGCGUCUGGUUCUAGCAGACAUAGACCUGCCUUAAUAAGGCAGCAAGCUCAAACAACUAUGCCACAACACAUGUUGAACUUGGAGAGUCGAAUCGCCGUCAACAUCGUCGAAGACCACGACGACGCCUUGCACAUUAUCUAUCGCGAAAUCGGCGCCAAAAGAAUACCGUUUGCCAACCUUGCUUUGAUACAUUUCGACGCACAUCCAGAUCUGAUGAUUCCCGAAACUCUCCAAGCAGAUGAUAUCAAAGAUAAGUCAGCCUUGUUCGCCAGUCUGGGAAUCGAAAACUGGAUCUUACCCGCAGUUUACGCUGGACAUUUUUCGACAAUUGUUUGGAUACACCCACCUUGGGCAAACCAGUUGCCGGACACGGAUCCCGACAAACCCCUGGAUUUAGUAAUUGGCAAAGAUCCAGUAUCUGGGUUGCUUAAAAUUUCAUGCGUCCACGACUAUUUUUUAUCGGCGCUUGUCUACGCGCCCCCUGAAAGGUUAAAAAACCAAGUGCCUUUUAAGCUAUAUGUUCUAAAUAGUUCUGACGAGCAAUGCAUAAGUACAGUAAGGACAAUAACGCUCAGUCAGAAAUAUAUUUUGGACAUUGAUUUGGACUAUUUCAGUUGUCUCAAUCCCUUCAAAGGUAUUUUCUCGCCUAGUGAUUUUGAAAUCAUCCGAAGUUAUUAUGACUUCGAGCCGCCAACAUCAAAAUCGGAGCGCCGAAGCAUCAAUAUGUGUCUGUCGAAACGUCGGCGACAGAUUGACGCUUUAGAGAACAUUGUUUUGAAAGGAAAAACGGGAACAGUGGAAUACAAUGCUCUAACAUCAGUUUUGAAAAAAGGUCAUGAUCCUGAAAUUGUUCACAAUUGUGGGAUGACCUUUGAUACGACCGAACUGCCUCAUCACAAGAGCUCGGAGCUCGAAAUCAAGUCUUCCAUGUACGAUUUCAGCCACCUAGUUGCCUCCGCGUUUUCAUCGUCAGAGUGUUGUCCUUCACUAGUGACAAUCGCGAGGAGUUCUUUGGACGAUUAUUGCCCUAAAGAUCAAGUGGAUCGUAUACAAUAUAAAGUAAUUGAGUGUCUGGAGGAGUUCUAUCAGAUGAUGGGAGUGUAUUAUCAUUUCGACUUUGUAGAGUACAAAGAUGAAAAUGGCAGCACAGACAGAGGGAGUACAGACGACGAAAUGAAUAGUGCACAGUUUGAGUUCUUAAAUUCAAUACAAACAGCUUGAACAUUUACUUUAUUAAACUUAUUCGGUUAAUUAAU